GUGUGAGGAUGUGGGCGUGGCUCAGCUUGUUGGUGUGUGCGGCCUUGGGAAGUGCUAGUGGCCCACGCUCUGCCUUCACCCAGAGAAUUGAACCAGUCGAUUUUGUUGGCACUGAGUAUUACAUCACUGGAGGGGGCGGUAGAGGUGACAGCUCCACCCCGGAUAUGCUGGAGGACUUGCGACGGGGCCAUGAAGGACUCAUAGUCAAGCUCAACGACGUCAGCAGGGCCAUCAAGGAGGACGAGCUGAAGUUAAACAACGUGUUUUACAAGCUGGGCCGCCACGACACAGACCUGGAAGGUGUUGGCAAUAACGUACAGAGACUCACCACAAGCACGGGACGUAUAGAGGCCAAGCUCAACAAACACGCCUAUAACGUUGAAUUCCUCCGGCGUCAAGUGGAUGGUCUCCAACGCAACGUAGAGAUGGAGGAGACAGUGGAGAUACAAGUGGCUACGGUGCGGUCCAUUAUUAACCGCUUGGAGGACCGUCUGACUGACGCCCUGGCUCGCCUGGGUCUGGUGGAGAACACCACCAAAACCUUAGAGAAGCGCUCUGCCCCUCACUAUGAAGACUUGCACACCCCCUUCAUGAUGGCUGCUGCUGCUCGCCCACCCACACUCACCGUCUAUCCGGCCCCUCAACAGGAAACCUGUAGAUUAGACUGGGAGAAAGUGGGACUUGGUUGCUACUGGUUUGGCGGAGAAGAGUUGACAUACCCAGAAGCUGUGGCAGCGUGUGUACGUCACGGCGGGCAGCUGCUGACCCUCCCUUCGCCAGGUACUCAGUUGCACCUCCUCCUCGCCCGCCUCCGAGAAAACACUGUUUACUGGACAAGUGGCACCGAUUCCUUCAGCAAAGGAAAUUGGGCAUUUCUGAUGACGGCCCAACCUGUGAUGCCACUCCACUGGGCACCUGAGGAGGAUUCUUCCUCUGAUAGCCAACAUAAUCAUCGCUGUGCAGGUGUUUCUUCCCACGGACUCACCAAGCACUGGUGUACCCAGCGUCUGCCUUACGUUUGCCACAUACUGUCAUAAGACCACCAUCACGCUCAUCUACGAAGCACGUCAGGCAUAAUUUUCAUAACAUUAUCAUAUGUCUGUCUGUUCACAUAUCGUGCUAUCUAUAGUGCAUAUACACUGCUUUCCGACUAACAGCAGAUUGUGUGAAUAAUAUCAUUACAACAUAAAUCAUAUGAAAAUAUAAUUGGUAAAUUACACUUAACUAAUAUAUGGAAUGGAAUAGAAAACACCUCUGUUUGCUUGUACGUGGAUUUUUAUGUAUUUUAACUACUAUCAUGCCUACUAACCAGUGACUUCUGUACGGUAAGUGAAACAUCUUGCUUAAUUGUGAUUAUAAUAUGUAUCAAUAUAUAUGUUAAUGUCUCUAAAAGCUUCCCAAGAAGGAGUGAACCCUUGGAUAUGCCUACCAUGAUUGUGAUGUCAACCUGCCGUAUCAUCCACUGACAAAUAAAGUAUUUUUUUUUUUAUAUCAUCAUUUAACAAUUAUGGUGUCAGAUUCUAUUCUGUAAGCCUGUCAUAACGUGAGUCUAACUGUAAGAUUUACCCUUCGUAUGUUUAUCUGAAACACAAGUAGGGUACAGUACAUAAAACUCAACUUGUAGGUCAGUAUUUUUUUAUGCACAUCACGUGAAGCUGACAAGGUUCCAAUACCAUAUAUUGCUGUAAUAUUUUUUCCCCUUGUAAAUUUUAAGGGAAAGUUUACUUUCCAAACAACUGGAAAAUUCAAACUUUAAAUCUAAAAAUAAUUGUAUUUGUUUUCAGUACUUUGUAAUCAAGGGAUUUCGUGUAAAUUUUAAUAUCUUCAACUAGGUGAGUCUACUGUGGCAAACCUUUGAAUAAUUCACGCCAUUGAAUAUAAUGAUGAGUUUUGAAAUAUCAUCAGCACAACAUUAGUCUGCUGAUGAUAUGCAAGCUUUAGUAUGUACAGUAUAUACAGGAUGUAACACUGAGGUAGCUGACAGUGUAUUAGAAAUUUUUACCUACGAUGAUUAAAACUGUUAUAUUAUAAGGGUAAGAUUAUAUAUGUUUAUCAGAUGCCCAUUCUAUAUUGGACAACUAUUGUUUGCUUGUUUUCCUUCACUUGUUGUAUAACUGCUUCAUCAUGACCAUUACUCCCUCCUUAUAUGAGGUUUCAUACACACAAUGUGCAAAUAAGUUCAAUGUUCACUCAUUCCUCCACGCUUAAAUUUCUCUGAAGUAAAUAUAUUAUGCCCAUUACUUCGCUGUUGCUUGUAAGAUUGUAUCUUCUCUCGCGGUACACCAUUAUUAUUCUCCAUAUUCAUCAUCUUUUACACUUCAGCAUCAAGUUUUACAUCUAUAAUAACCUCAGUCCUUUUGUGUCUCGCUCUUCAGUGACAACUCCGAAUCUUGCCUAAGUACUGUAUCAUAAAUGCAUCUUUUCUUCGUUCUAUAAUAACUUCAGGCUCUCAAAAACCUCCCACGAAUGCUUGUCUAAAAGGGAAGUAUUUUCUAUCCAUUCUUGAUAUUUAUGUAACCAAGCUCCAGCAUUUUCCCUGUGUACUGUAGUGUCUUCAUUUUAGUUUACAUUCUUAGUCAAUGUGCUGCCUGUGCCUGUAACAUUCACCUUUAGUCAAUGUGCUGCCUGUAUCUGUAACAUUCAUCGUCAGUCAAUGUGCUGCCUGUGCCGAUAACAUUCAUCGUUAGUCAAUGUGCUGCCUGUGCCUGUAACAGUCAUCGUUGGUCAAUGUGCUGCCUGUGCCUGUAACAUUCAUCGUUAGUCAAUGUGCUGUCUAUGCCUGUAACAUUCGUUGUUACUCAAUGUGCUGCCUGUACCUGUAACAUUCAUCAUUAGUCAAUGUGCUUCCUGUGCCUGCAACAUUCAUCAUUAGUCAAUGUGCUGCCUGUGCCUGUAACAUUCAUCGUUAGUCAAUGUGCUGUCUAUGCCUGUAACAUUCAUUGUUACUCAAUGUGCUGCCUGUAACAUUCAUCAUUAGUCAAUGUGCCGCCUGUAUCUGUGACAUCCGUCACCCCUAUCAUGCUUCAAUCACCCCCCACCAGCAAUGGUCAAAUAUUAUAAUUUUCACUGAAAAUUUUCAUGAUUAUUUUAUAUAAGUAUGUAUACUAGUAUUUGUUUCAUUAUGUAAACUUUUUAGAAUGUAUUCUUAUUUUUUAUACAGUUAUGAAAGACUGUAAGAAGCGGGUGUGAAGUAUGAAAAGAAUUAUAAAUUAUAUGUUGAUGAAACAAGAAUGUAUUGGAACAUAGUUUUGGUUUUGGCGGCACUCUCGGUAGCUAGGUUGAGGAGGAUAGGAGGACCAAGCUUGUGUGGUGCAUAUUUAUCUAUUAUUAUCUGGGCAAUCAUGGAUAAUCAUGGUGUUAACUAAAGUGUAAUAUGUUCAUUAUAGUCUAAAGAAUAUUAUAGUGGUAAGAGAGCAUUGUAUUUGGUGGAGAUAACAUUAUUCUGAGUGAAUUGAUUUGUGGCCUUUUGUAUGCACAUGAACGGGAGCACAUAUUUAUUAUAUUUUGUUGUUAAAUAUAUUUUAUUGUAAUUUUAAA